UACAUUAGAUGCUGCUUUGCAACCACCUGAAGUGUCUCCAACCUAGAAGCCCUGCUGAUAUCGCCUUCGAUUGAAAAACUUUGGGUUUAAUACUGUAACUUAUAAUUUGUUAAACAUUUCUACGGCUAGAGAAAGAAAUUGUAAUCAGUAAAUUAACUUAUUUUUAUAACAAUUUUCCUCCUGGGGCAUUAAUUUAAAAUAACAAGAAAGGACAGACCACACAGGAGUCUUCUGAACCAGGCCUGACAACAAGUGUGCAACACUAGCUAAUGUCAGCUUGGAAAUGGAGUCCACUAACAUUAGUUACUCUCCCGGGGAAUCACGUUCAGUCUCUUGUGUGUCACAUCACUGUUCUGGGCUUAUGCUUGCUCAUGUACCUAUAGAGUUUGAUCACGUGCACGAGCGAGUGAGGAUCAUCUGCAGUUCACUUAACGGCCACCGGUGUCACUAAUAACAAGGGUUUUCUAAUUCUUACAAACAGUACCUUUAACUUAAUGUUUAUUAAUCACUUACAUGAAUGCCUGUUUAAUUAUACUUAACUUAAAAAUUAUUUCUCUUUCUUAAGGAUCCAAAUAUAAAGAAAAAUGGGGUGGAGUGACCUCUUCUUCCCUGAUAAUCCUAAGAGAAGGGAGCAGCUUAUCUGCAAAGCUCAAGAGUUUAAAGAUCUGAUGAAGAGCAACUUCUAUGCCACCAACCAACUAAUUGAUGUUAUGAACAAGCACUUGGGUUGCUCCUUCCAACAUAUUGAGCUGGACAAUUGUGCUACUCUCCAGGAGAACUGUAAUGUGAUGAUUGAAUGCAUGCAUAAGAUCCAGGCAGUGGUAGAGAAGAUUGACAAGGAGCUGAAGGAGAAGCUGGAACCCACCCUGUAUGAGAAGCUGCUAAGCCUGUCUCUGACUCCAGAAGACUUUCAAGUGGUUUCAAAAGUUUUGGAAGUAGUUUGUGGUCUUGCGACUUUGGCAUCUACUACUGUAAUUGGUCUUUUAAUUGAUAAAGGAAUAAUUUUGGCAAAAAUAACAAGUAAGUUUGUUAAAAUUGGAGCGGGGACAUUAGCUUGUAUCGGGUUGGGAGUGGUGUUUUUGGGGAUCGACAUGAUUGUUGAUGCCAUUCUUGGGAGCAUUGAGCGUGAUAGACUUGAGAAGGCCCUGAAAGAGUAUGACGAAGCUUUGAAUGAAUUCGAACCAGCCUCUUUAGAAUAUCAGCAUAGCAUUACCUAUGUCCAAAUCAAAAUUGAGGAAAUGUAUAAAUAAGAAAUGUAAGUUUAAAAUGUUUUCUUUUUCCUGCCUGAAAUGUUUGCUGGAAUAAAAAAAAAAAAACGAAAAAAAACCCCCUAAUAAUUGUUAUUACAUCUUUGUGCUAAAAACAUGCAGAAAUUCAGUAAGUUCAAAGAGACAUUUUGAAAAAAAAUAUGUAUAAAAAGAAAGAAUCUAGUGAGAAAUGAAUCACAGCUUUCCUGCUAUUAAAGGGUCAUAAAAUCAUGAGUGAUUGUCCACUUCUUGGUGGUGCUGCCAUCUCUCGCUGAUCAGAGUGUGUGCAGUGGUGAUCACUGUAAAAUCAACAAAAACAAAUAAAAUAAAAUGU